AUGAUGGUUGGUUUGUCAACAUCCGCCAUGUCUCAUGACCGAGAUAUAUCGCUUGACAACGACACCGAAGCACCUGAACUGCCAUGCACAAUAUGUGAGGGGCAACACCCUCCCAACCCACGCUUAUGCGGCAACUGUCAGUCUUGGAAUGAUCUCCCCCACCUUCGAAUUUGCGACGAGCCAAGCUACCUGAAGUUGGACGCUUAUCGUUUCAUGAACCGCGGGUCUCAGGGGCCUAGAGGUGUUCACCCACACACAUUCGACGACAUAGCAUACCAGGACCUCAAUGCCUUCAAAGGUCGUCGAGGCUGUAUGAUAUGUCAGCUCGUCAGCGACUCAGUUCAACAUUUCGGCCAGCAGCAUAUUUCUAAUGGCUCAAAAUCUGCCCUCAAGUUUGGUCUGUGGAGGCCAUUCCUGAUGAGGCAUGUUGCCUCAACAGCCUACACAGAUUCGUCAACUCUCACAGCAGCACCAUCGCCGAACCCCUCGCUUACAGGCCGAAUCUGUAUUCUACCCGGCGUCAUCCUUACUCAAAGCAACGGGACCUCUUCAUUCACACCCCUCGUCCUCAAGCUGGUGCUUUAUUACCGCCACGACAGCUACGAUCUCCAGCAUGUCGAAAAAUGGAUGCCAAAUCCCAUCUCACUCCCCAACUUGACCGCAUGGUUAGACGACUGCCGACAUAACCACGGAGACGAAUGUAACGACCUCCUCAUGCCAAUGGUGGCACCGCCAGGUCUCCGAUUGAUAGACACCCAACUCAACAGGAUCGUGGACUGGACAACACCCAACGCAGACUAUGUCGCGCUUAGCUACUGCUGGGCGGCAGCCACUCCAGAAACAACCUCUCCAACCCCAGCAGAUGACCUCCAACUUCAGCUCGACAACAUUGACCAACUUUCUCGUGAUCACGGUCUCGAUAUCAGCCGUCUUCCCCCAGUCCUGGCAGAUGCAAUCCAACUCUGCCGCGACCUCGGCAAACGCUACCUCUGGGUCGACAGACUCUGCAUCAUCCAGGACGACGCAAAAAGCAAACACUCCCAAAUCACCGCCAUGGAUCGCAUCUACCACAUGGCAGAUUUCACCAUUGUUGCCUUGAGUUCCAAACCCGGACUCCCGGGCGUUUCCUCCCGCCCCAAAGACACUUCCCCCGAAGCCCUUUACGGCCUAUGGGACGGCCCGUUUGAAAGCUCCAUCGGUCUUGCCUAUGGCCCUGCAGCAGACAGAGCUAUCAGAGGCUCAAGAUGGGAUGCAAGGGGGUGGACAUUUCAGGAACGAAAGCUGUCAAGAAGGUUGGUGUUUGUUGAUGAUCAGCGCGCGUAUUUUAGUUGUUACCAAGGUGCAAGAUGGGAGCAUGACACCCGGGUGGGGGCCGACACAGUCCAUGACUCUUCCACCUCGGGGCUGCAAGUUGAACCAAGUUUUGUUGCCUACGCCUGCUGCGCGAUUCCUUACUCCAUGAGGGAACUGUCCUUCCGAAGUGAUAUCCUCAACGCGUUUGCCGGGGUGGGGAAUGUGCUCUCGUCACGAAUGGAAACGGAGAUGUUGUUUGGGAUUCCGGAGCGGUAUCUCCUCCAGGGGCUGCUAUGGCGGUCAGAUGAUUUUGCCGUCGGGAGGGAUGAAACGUUGGGGAUCCCGAGUUGGAGCUGGGCGAGCUGGGACGGGAUAGUGGAUUACGGGCCUGGGUUUAGGGCUACGUUUGGGUUGAGGGGGGAAGGGGGUGGGAGUGCUGGCACGCCGAAUCUGUAUGGACCCGGGCUGAGGUAUUUUAGGGGGUAUUACCCCUCUGACGUGGGGAAUUUGGUGACGUUUUGGUAUUCUGAUAAGAAGCAGGUGAGGAGGGUGGUAGAGGACAAGACUUGGUUCGGGUUAGAAUACAUGACUGAGGAAGAGUUUUGGGAUUAUUUGGAUGAGGAGUGGAUGAGGGGGGAUAGACUGGCGGAGACGGGGGAGUGGGAGACGAGGGCGCAUUCGUGGAGGGGGUGUUGGCAUAAUCCUUGGAAGGCGAGACGGUACGAGGGGAUAAGUGAUGAAGCGAGGGGGAAAGGGGAAAGGACCCCGGGGUCGCUGGUGUUUACCACGACUUGCGCGUCGCUGUGGCUUCACCCGGCGAAACAGACAUUGUUCAACACGCCUGCUACGGCUGUCUGCUUUGACAUGAUGACCUCCGCCCCGAAGCCAGAUACGAACAUCGACAAGCUUCCCUUCGUUGGGAGGACAAUGCUCAUGGACAAGCAGUGGGCUGAGCAGAUCUUUGAUGAUCCAAGCAGGACGUACCGCGUCGUGGUUAUCGGGGCUGGGGUGGCGUGGGAUGUUCGGAGUUAUGGUCAACCUGGGUGGAAGGAUUUCGCGCCAGGAGCUCCAUGGGGUCUCUGUGUUUUGAUCACGGAAGAGAUAGAUGGGGUACUCUACCGUCUAGCCAGCGGUGUAAUCGACCUCAUCGCUUGGACAGAUUUGAGACCAUCAUGGGAGUCAGUGGUGCUUGGAUAA